CAAGAUUGGGCAAUGAAUUAUGAACAUGUUGGCAUUAGUUGCAUGCCAAUUGGAUAAAAAUUGACCGUGCUAUGGUAAAAAAGAAGAUUUUGACCUUUUCGUGACCUUGACCUUUGACCCGAUUGAUCCCAAAAUCUAAUCAAAUGGUCCCCGGAUAAUAACCAAUCCCACCGAAUUUCAUGCAAUUCAGUUUAAUACUUUUUGUGUUAUGCGAAUAACACGCAUACAAAUAAAUAAAUAAAUACGGCGAUCAAAACAUAACCUUCCGCAUUUUCAAUGCGAAGGUAAUAACAGUAGAAGACCUGGAUUUAAAGAAUUAGCUGAAUACAUACAUAUUAGUGAUUAGCUGAAUUAUAUAUUAAUUGACUGUAAAUAACAGAUAAAUGGAAACAUGUACAGAAAGAAAUUCUUUGAGCCAACAACGCACCCCCGACUCCGCUAGCCCAUGGCCCAGUGUCCCUGGUCAACACUUAGCCACAGUUUACCUUGUGUGAAUGUUGUUUAAAUAUUAGUUAGUCCUUUUGCUGGUAGGCCUACACUUUUUCCAAAGUUCAGUCGGCAAUGUGGUGACAUUGCAGCUCAGACGUAUACAUUUGAACUGCUCAGCAAUCCAUUUGCAGUUGAUGUAGAAAGAGCACCAGUGAAAUGGAGCCAAUAGAGCUCCAGUGUAAUGACACAUUCAUGGCAAAGUAAGACUGGGCGCUGCAGUUUCCAAGCUUCAACGCCGAAGCGAUGCCUCAAGUCCGCCUCCAUGAUGCGUGAUUGCUCUGCAUGUUAUAAAGCAGACAUGCCUAGCCUACUAGCCUACUCAUUAUUCAGAAUUUCUAUCAUAUUCAUUGAAUGUGUUGUAACUCUGUAACGCUGUUCAUCCGUAGCCUACACAUGACAUCUCAAAUAAAUACCAGCAAUUGUACAUAACUGAUAUGUUGCUGUCCCAUCAUGUGUGAACCAUUUCAAGCUCUCACAACCUCACACUCAACCAUUAACCAGGUGACGUCACCAUGUCUCUGAGAGGUCAGAGUUUAAGGGCACUGGACCACAGCCAUCGUGGGGGUCACGUCGGUCAAAUCUAACCCGCAUGCAUUGUGCGACAAGAGCCGGUGAUCGAUUCUGGCUCGUCUCAAGCGAGCCAAUCAGCUUGUCGGUGGAGCAACACGUCAUCAAACACUGACGGAAGUAGGUCGGUCACACGCUGUUGCUGUAAUAACAGAAAGCUCCAGAAAUGGCGACCUGCGCCAAGAUGAUCCUCGCUGCUAGACACCUGCACAGAAAACUGAACUGGUCCAGGGUGUUCAGGACCAGCACCAGCCGCCCCGGCCUGACCGGCACCACCGCCCCGAGCUGGCUCCACUCUGCGCGGUCCAACUCGAACAUUCCGAUCAGCACAGCAAUGACAGCCGGCUGCAGACUGACCGUCACUCCGCACCGGUGGAUGCGGGUCGGGGUCUUUCUCCAUGGCCAGACGGAUUUCCUCACACCGACCUCUCGACCCUCUAGGAUUCAGACCAGGAUGUUCGGGAACCGGGGAGGCGGCGCGGGCUUCUCUGGGCAGGACGGCGGGGACAGUGCAGGCUCUGGGGGAGAAGAGUCUGGGGGAGAUGGGGGAGUGCCCUAUGGACCCCAGAUGACCGCCCUCACCCCCAUCAUGGUCCCGGAGGUGUUUCCUAAUGUGCCGCUGAUCGCUGUGAGCAGGAACCCAGUGUUCCCCCGCUUCAUCAAGAUCAUAGAGGUGAAGAACAAGGCGCUGAUGGAGCUGUUGAGGAGGAAGGUUCGUCUGUCUCAGCCGUAUGCCGGAGUCUUCCUGAAGAGAGAUGAUCACGAUGAGUCAGAUGUGGUGGAGUCUCUCGAUGCCAUCUAUUCUACAGGGACCUUUGUUCAGAUUCAUGAGAUGCAGGACCUGGGAGACAAGCUGAGGAUGAUCGUCAUGGGACACCGCAGGAUCCAAAUCACAAGACAGCUGGAUAUUGAGCCGGAGGAGGCAGCUACGCCCCCCGUGUCGUCAGAGUCUGAGUCGGACUCCCAACACAAACUCCCACCGAGACGCAAAGCCAAGCGCAGCCGCAAGGAACAGCCAGCUCCUCUCACGGAGAAGCUUGAGGACAAGAUUUCAGAAGCAGAGCUGAGUCCAGAGCUUCAGCCUCUGCCCUCCAACAACAUCCUGAUGGUAGAAGUGGAAAACAUUCAACAUGAACAGUUCACAGUCACAGAGGAGGUCAAGGCGCUGACGGCCGAGAUAGUGAAGACCAUCAGGGACAUCAUUGCAUUGAACCCCCUCUACAGAGAGUCGGUCCUCCAGAUGAUGCAGGCCGGUCAGAGGGUGGUUGAUAAUCCCAUCUACCUCAGCGACAUGGGAGCAGCGCUGACGGGAGCCGAGUCCCAGGAGCUACAAGACGUCCUGGAAGAGGUCAAUAUCCCGAAGCGUCUCUACAAGGCUCUGUCUCUGCUGAAGAAGGAGUAUGAGCUGAGUAAACUGCAGCAGCGACUGGGCCGAGAGGUGGAGGAGAAGAUCAAACAGACCCACAGGAAGUACCUGCUACAGGAGCAGCUCAAGAUCAUUAAGAAGGAACUAGGUCUGGAAAAAGAGGACAAAGACGCUAUCGAGGAGAAGUUUCGAGAGAGACUCACCGAGAGGACUGUGCCACAACACAUAAUGGACGUCAUCAAUGAAGAACUCAACAAACUGGGACUUCUGGACAACCACUCCUCAGAAUUCAAUGUAACCCGUAACUACCUUGACUGGCUGACCAACAUGCCAUGGGGUACCUACAGUGAAGAGAACGUAUCAUUGCAAAGAGCCAAAGAGGUUCUGGAAGAAGAUCAUUAUGGCAUGGAUGAUGUAAAGAAGCGCAUACUGGAAUUUAUCGCCGUGAGCCAGCUGCGUGGCUCCACCCAGGGGAAGAUCCUAUGUUUCUACGGCCCCCCAGGUGUAGGAAAGACCUCCAUUGCCCGCUCCAUAGCCAGAGCCCUCAACAGACAGUACUACAGGUUCAGCGUGGGAGGCAUGACCGAUGUGGCUGAGAUCAAAGGACACAGGAGAACGUAUGUUGGAGCAAUGCCAGGGAAGAUUAUCCAGUGCCUGAAGAAAACCAAGACAGAGAACCCUCUGGUGCUCAUAGAUGAGGUGGAUAAGAUGGGUCGUGGUUACCAGGGAGAUCCAUCCUCCGCACUCCUGGAACUUCUGGACCCUGAACAGAACGCCAACUUCCUGGACCACUACCUGGAUGUUCCCGUAGACCUGUCGAAGAUUUUGUUUAUCUGCACGGCCAAUGUGGUUGACACCAUCCCCGAGCCUCUCAGAGACCGGAUGGAGAUGAUCAAUGUGUCUGGUUAUGUCGCCCAGGAGAAACUGGCCAUCGCUGAGCAUUACCUGGUCCCUCAGCUGCGCUCCCACUGUGGUCUGACGGAGGAGAAAGUCUCCAUCUCCUCCGAUGCCCUCAGUCUGCUCAUCAGACAGUACUGCAGGGAGUCGGGGGUCAGAAACCUGCAGAAACAAAUUGAAAAGGUUUUCCGUAAAGUGGCGUUCUGCAUCGUCAGCGGUGAACAAACCACCGUGACCGUCACACCCGACAACCUGCAGGUCUAUGUGGGGAGACCCAUUUUCACAGUGGAUCGAAUGUACGAUGUCACCCCACCAGGAGUGGUUAUGGGGCUGGCAUGGACUUCUCUUGGAGGGUCAACGUUGUUUAUCGAGACUUCACUGCGCUGUCCUUCUGGAGGAGCUGACCCUAAAGGGGAGGGGUCACUGGAGGUCACAGGUCAACUGGGUGAUGUCAUGAAGGAAAGUGCAAAGAUCGCUUCAACCUUUGCCAGAGUCUUCCUGAUGAGCCACGAACCAGACAACCCCUUCCUGGUCAACUCCCACCUGCACCUGCAUGUCCCUGAGGGGGCGACUCCCAAGGACGGACCCAGCGCUGGCUGCACCAUCGUCACAGCCCUGUUAUCCCUGGCCACCAACCGGCCGGUGCGUCAGAACUUAGCCAUGACUGGUGAAGUGUCACUGACUGGCAAAAUACUGCCAGUCGGCGGAAUUAAAGAGAAAACUAUCGCGGCCCGCCGUGCUGGUGUGACUUGCAUCAUCAUGCCAGAUGAGAAUAAGAAGGACUUCUCUGACCUGCCCGACUACAUCAGCCAGGGCCUCGAGGUCCACUUUGUGGAUCACUACAGCCAAAUCUACCCCAUCGCCUUCCCACAGGACCAGUCUUAACCGGCUUUCAAGAUGGACUAAGACUUAUUCCUCCUGGUUUGUUACUGGAUAAGACGGAUAAGACGGGCAUCUGGUUGUAGUUUUCGUAGAUGUGCCGUUUGCACAGUUAUUUCUUCUGGAGUCCUCCAGAGGAACAGCUGACUUUGUGAUGAUUCACGGGACCAUCAUGUGGGAGGAAACAACAUCACUGAAGUGAAAGCGUGCUGCCGACUGUGCCAAAGACGGACAUACACAGGAAAGUCAUGGUGGUGAUGAACACUGGCCGGUCAUCACAGGAUAUGAUGUCAUCGUUAACUGAGGUUGAGGUGGCAAUCUUGCAGCCUCGUCUCUUUAUACAGGGAUAGGAGGGACUGUUUCAAAGAUUUCUUAUAUUAUUUUUAAUAAUCCUGGCCAGAUGUGAAGAUGAUGUUGAAAAUAAUUCAAUCAUAAAAUCAACUUUGUCUUUACCAAUCAA